UUCGCGGCCGCCGCCGAGUUUCUCUUGAGUGAAUUCCGACUCGAAGCCUCCUCUAGGUCACGUAUAAAACGGAGCCCGAUGGAGGAGGAGCCGCAGUUGCGACCAGGAGCCUGGAGUGAGAGAGAUGCGUCUGUUACUGUUGUUGGCCGCUGUGGUGGGGCUGGCGCUGGCGGAGGAGCCCCUGGAACAUCCGGUAGCAGGGGAAGAUGGCAUGGCGGAGGUAGAAGUUGAGGUUGAUGAUGAUGGAAGGUUCGAUGCGGCCAGACUGCUGCGGGAUCUUUUCAAUAAUGAAGACGAUGAAGCAGCACUGGCAACUAUGGACGGCGAUGCAGAAGCAGAAGGCCGAAGCAAGGACGAGACAGGGGCGGGGCAGGAGGACCUCUCUCGCUACAACAACUUUGUCGACACGAUGUUCAGGCGCAUGAACUCUCAAGCGCGCACACGCAACGACCCCAUGAGCAUCAGCCUCAACAGCAAGAAGAAGCCAAGCGGGAAGACUGGCAAGAAGGGGAACAAGAACAAGGGCAAGACUGGCGGUGACAAGAAGGGCAAGGGGAAGAAGGGAGCAAAGAAGGGACCAAAGGGAGACAAGAAGGGAGACAAGACGAAAAGGAAGAACACCCGCCACCCUAAGGACCUGAGUGUGGAUGUGGCUGUCGGGGUGGAAGAGGAGGAGGAGGAGGAACAAGUGGCGACAAUGCCGGAGGCCGGGCAUGUGGAGGCAAGGCAGAAGAGAGAGGUGGAGGAGGAACAAGAACAGGAGCAAGUAGAUGAGGCUGACUCUGCACGUGAGGCGCGAGACAUGGACCUUGCCGAGGCAGCAAAGGAAACUGUGGAGACCUCGCGUAAGAACAGACCCGCUGGCAGCCCCAAAGCCAAGAAGGGCCCGAAGAAGGGCAAGGGCAAGGGCAAGAGCAAGGGCAAGAAGGGCAACAAGAAGAACAGCAAGAAACAAAAGAAGACCAAGGGUGGAAAGAGGAGGACCAAGAAGUCCAUCCCUAAAGUCCGCACGAGCCGCGCUAACGUGGUGGGCAUCGCUACCCUGCGCCGCGUGGGAGACGUCAAGGUGAUCAACAGGAAGGACGCUAAGGAAAUAAGGUCUCAGUUUGCCCUAGGACCAGUUGGCCUCUCCGUGGAAAGGAAGUUCGGAUACGGCAGGGAUGCAGUGAGCAGGACAGCACGAGCUACUUCCCCUGAGCUGAGAGGCAAAAUGAGCAUCCUGGUAUCAGCUGACGGCAGGGCUAGAGUAUCUAACUUCCACAUUGCCAAGCCAAGUAUUGUGCGGGUGGAGGGUUCGCUGCACAAGGAGGUGAAGACUGGCGCUGACAACAACUUCAUGGAGAACUCUCUGAACCGCAUCACGCCCUUCGCCAGCAAGAGGCUCAUGGCUUCAGCGAGGUCCAUCCUUGCCACCACCACCAACAGGACCUCUUAAGUCUUCACCUCAACCCAACACACCCUUAGCAGGACUCAAUAUAAGUGCCUUGUCCUCCUCCUCCAGUAAUGAGACAAUUUUUUUUUUUAUUCCCAGGGGCUUCAAAAUCUAUAAAAAAAAAGUAUAAAGAUGUUCCUGUCAAGCUUUCACAGGACUCGGACACUGCUUUAUCCCUUAUCACGAAUGGAGACUUCUAAUUUUAUUCCCAGAGGCUUCAGAAUCUAUAAAAAUAACAAAAAAAGUCUGGUAAAUUUUUGUAGGAUUCACAGACUGCCUUAUCCCUUAUAAAAAUGAAGUAAAUCUGUUCACGUCAGUCCGAGAAGAUUCAGGAUCUACAGUAACGUGCCUGGUAGACUCAUACCUUUCUUGUCAUCUAAGUUUUGUCAUAUACACGUAAUGAGUCAAUAUUUUCACUCCCAGAAGGUUCAGAAUCUAUAAAAAGCAACGAAAUUCCCUUCCUCACGUGUCUGAAUCUACUAUCAUGCCCCAAGAUCUCUCUCAAUCUCUGAAGCCCCUUAGUAUUCUCCCUCCCCCAAGAUUUCAAUCCCCAGCAGGCAAUGUGUCCCCCGUGCCUUAUCUCGUCUGAUCCUCCCAGGCCUUCCACCUCCUCAGAGACCUGGGAGCCAAUGUUUGCUUAGCCUUCUCCCCACUUAUUCCCCGCGUAAAAUGUUCCUUCAAGAGGUUUACGUGGGAGUUGUUUGUGUUUUCCGGCUAUUUUGUUAUGCUUUUAAGGUUAAUUAUUCUCUUACAUGUCCUCUCAGGUUAGUCCUUAUGGUUCUUCACGUGUAUCAUGGUUGCCUUUCAUCUUCCUACUGACUUCAAGACUCCUUGUUGUUCUCUCGUUUUCUAAGUUACCGAUGUCAUCCGGGGCCCUUCCCUCUCUUCCUCGCCCUCUCACGGUGAAGUCAACUAAGAUCACGGAACUAAAUUUCAUCUUCAGAAUCUCCCAUUAAAAAAAAAAAAAAAAAAAAUCCUUUGCGUGUUGGAGUGGAACUUGAAUAUCGUUGAAGGAAUGAAAACGAGAGCAUCAAAAAAGGUUAUUUUCCACACGUUAAAGGAAAAUAAUAUCUUCAAAUCCACUCGAGCAAUCAAAAAUUGUCAAUUAUUGAUUGUUAAAAUGAAGAGAAAGCUAAAAAGGCGAAGAAACGUAAAGAGAGUUUUAUAAGUACUAAAAUUUACAAAGAUAAAAAAUAUCCCUUUCUUCAAUAUACAAAAGACAUAUCGCCAAAAAAAUAAAGAAAAGAAAUCAGCCUUGUUAACGCGCCAAAUUUUACGUUAGCCGCUUAGGGAACUAAAAAUCCAGUCAACUUUUCUUUUCCUUUUUUUUUUUUUUUUUUUUUUCGUGAAGGCGUCAGUGUGGAGUGGCAGUGUAGACCUAGGUCCUUUGCUCCUUCUGGUCCCAGCCUCCCUCGUUCACCGCACCGCCGCCUGAGGUACCAACAUCCUCACGCCCUCAGAUUUGCAGUGCUCUCCUGAUCCACCUACCACGUUUUUCACCCAAACUAGCACUGCUGGUCUUCGAGGCGGCGGCUUGAACCAUAAAUCACUCAUACCCAAUUACAUAAACGUUUUGUACAUACGAGAACCAAAGUAUAGGCCUGGUUUUAAAUUCGCUCAUGCCAUUCCACUUCGCUUCAUGAUGCUCUCGCCUCCUCAAGGAUACAAAAUUACAAAAAACUUUAAAAAAUUAAUGAAAACUGAACAAAAAUUAAUCCCAACUAUAAAAUAUUAUAAAAUAUGACAAAAAUUGAUUGAUCCAAGGUGCACACGGCCUCAGAAGUGCACGUCUGAGACCCACGCGCCGCAGCAGACGACCACGGCGAGUCAAACCGACCAGAGUUAACGGACACGCGGUGACUCAGCCCUCCAAACCCUCCCCCCUCCCGCCCCGCCCCUUCCCGGGUGAGGGAGGGGGGUUCUCGGAGUGGGGGGUGAGGGAGGGGGGGGCGGGGCCACAUACGGAUUUAGGAAGCCACGGUCAGCCAUCUUUUUAUUGCUUAACAUCACCAAGACAGAACGAUACAAGGUCUCUUGCCCCACAGUGACAGCCCAGUUUGUUAUGUUACCAUUGUUGUUAUUGUUUGUUUUUGUUGUUUUAUUUAUUUUAUUUAUUUUUUCUUUUCGUUUUAUGUAUGUGUAUUAUUACUAGUUAAGGUUAUUUAAUUUAUUGUGUACUUUAUUAAUAAACACUUUAGGAUAAGAUAA